AUGUGGAGAGUUCUGGCUCUUCUGGUAUUCCUUAUAUCUUCUCAAUGCUCACGGGGAGCUCUGAUGCUGCAACAAAAAAGAGAUGGUGCGGCUGCUGCUGUGGUUACCUUGGGUAUCCAACGCAAUGAGAUACCUGAUCCCGUGGCGAGGGACCGGUUAAGGCGAAAGAGAGAUCGGUUUGUCUCGCAAUCAAUCGACAAUGAGGAGACCCUUUACUUUUGCAACGUAACGAUCGGCACGCCGGAGCAAAACUUGCGAUUAGUUCUCGACACCGGAAGCAGCGAUCUCUGGUGUAACGCGGCUAACUCAACUCUCUGUUCAUCACGUCAAAAUCCGUGUCUCACUUCCGGCUCCUAUGAUCCUGAUUCAUCGUCAUCAUACACUUAUGUAUCAUCUGACUUCAAUAUUAGUUAUGCGGAUGGUUCAGGUGCAGCUGGAGAGUACGCAGCCGACACCCUCCAUAUUGGCGGCGUAACGAUUCGCGACUUUCAGUUCGGAGUAGGGUACACAUCCAGCUCUGCAGAGGGCGUACUAGGCAUUGGUUACCCCUCAAACGAGGUCCAGGUUGGGCGGUUUGGGGACGAACCUUACCCUAAUCUCCCUCGUGCAUUGGUGCAAAAUGGUGUAAUUCAGUCAAGUGCCUACAGCCUUUGGCUGAAUGAUCUGGAGGCAAACACUGGCUCAAUACUCUUUGGGGGGGUGGAUACUGAAAAGUAUCAUGGCGAUUUGCAGACCCUUCCAAUACAGAGUGUUAAUGGGGGAUACUCGGAGCUCGUUAUAGCUCUCACCGGGGUUUCGCUUGAGACGGAUUCCAGGAGUCGUGAACUUUCUUCAGGCGCACUCCCUGCAGCGGUCCUCCUGGAUUCCGGCAGUUCGCUGUCAUAUCUACCCGAUUCUAUCGUGGAGGAUAUCUACAACGAUAUUGGUGUUACGUACGAACCAUCCACUGGGGCCGGGUACGCACCGUGCAGCUUGGCUCAUGAGAACAUUGAUCUAACAUUCACGUUCUCGUCCCCUGCGAUUACGGUGGGUAUUGAUGAGCUAAUCAUCGAUGCUGGCGAUCUUAGAUUCUGGAACGGCGAACGCGCUUGUGUCUUCGGUAUUGUUCCUGCGGGCGAGAGCAGUAAUGUCCUUGGGGAUACGUUCUUGCGCAGCGCAUAUGUGGUAUACGACUUGGCGAAUAAUGAAAUCUCAAUCGCGAAUACCAGAUUCAAUUCGACUGACAGUAACAUCCUGGAGAUUGGGACCGGCGAUGAUGCUGUUCCAAGCGCCACAAAAGUAUCUGACCCCGUCACUUCCGUUGUGGCCGAUGGCUCGGGUGCAAGGAUUGGGGGCCCAACCGAGACCGGGUUCACUGUGACUUCAACUAGUACAGGCGCAGCAACGGCGCUGGGAGGGCCUACAGACGUUCCGGGUCAGCUCGCUUUUGGGGCUGCAGUUAUGGGGUACAUGUUAGCUUUAUAA